GGCAACUGUCCGAACAGGGCAGCAGCAGCAACUUUUGUCGUAUUUGUAAUGUCACGGAGACAUUUUAAGUCAUUGGAGAAACUACUUUCUAAUGUGAGAAGCAAACGUUACACAAUUUCUCCAGUUCGAAAAUGUCCCAGGGAUGUACAGUUUCUGUGGAAGAGAUCCAGUCUUGGUGGGAAGUCCCCGCCAUAGCCCACUUCUGCUCGCUGUUCAGGACAGCAUUCAACCUUCCAGACUUUGAAAUAGAGGAGCUUGAGAAAGCCCUUUCGGUGCAGGAUUUGGACUUCCUUGGGGACCUAAUUGCUUGUCUUUUGCAAGGAUGCUACCAGCGCAAUGACAUAACCCCAGAGGCAUUUAGCAGUUACCUGGACGACAUCAUCAGCUACCGGUGGGAACUGGAAGAAGGGAAGCCCAACCCACUUCGAGGGGCCCCCUUUGAGAAUCUCCCUGCUCGCACUCAGGUGGAACUGCUGCACCGGCUGUGUGACUACCGUCUGGAUGCUGCUGAUGUCUUUGACCUGCUUAAGGGACUUGAUGCAGAUAGCCUGAGGGUUGAACCGCUGGGGCAGGAUGGAAAUGGAGCCCUCUACUGGUACUUUUAUGGCACUCGUAUGUACAAAGAAGAGCCAGUCAAUAGGAAAGCAGAGAGGAUUAGUGAACCCACUGAACCAACUUUACCAAAGAAAAAGAAAAGGGGAAGACCACCAAAGAAGAAAAAACUGGAAGACCCUCAGCUUAGUGACGUGGAGAGUGAAGUGACAGAAGUGAAGACAGAAAAUGAGCUGGAAGAUCUCCGCCCGAGCACAGGCUGUGAGCGAGGCACUUGGUCCCUUGUGUGUGAUACAGAGGAACAAUGGGCCAGUCUGGCAGAAAGCAUCAAGGACAAAACCUCCCCACAGGACCGCCACCUCUACCGUGUCAUCAGCGAGAACUUCCUGCCCGAGAUCAGCAGCAUGAUUGAGCACAAGGAGCGGGAGCAGAAACAGAAACUACUGGAUCCAACCCCAGUUCGCACAUCACAACGCUUCUCUGAAAAACACAUUUACCAAGACGAGGAGGACAAUCUGAAGGCCAUAGCAGAGGAGGAGAAGAAGAAAGAUGAAGAGCUGGACAGGCAGGUCCUGCUGGCUGAGCAGCGACGAGAAGAGGAAAGGCUUCUGUGGGAAGAACAGCAGAGAGAAAAGAUGGAGAAGAUCAAAGCUGUGGAGGAGCGAGCCAAGAGGCGGAAGAUGCGUGAGGAAAAGGCCUGGUUGCUGUCUCAAGGGAAAGACCUGCCACCUGAACUCUUGAAUCUGGAGCCAUCUUCUCCUGUCCAAAGAAGACGCAAGAAUAAAGAAUUCUAUGAAAUUGAUGACGACUACACUGCUUUAUAUAAGGUGCUUGAGGCCUUGAAAGCUCAUAAAGAUGCUUGGCCUUUCUUGGAGCCUGUGGAUGACUCCUAUGCCCCCAAUUAUCAUGAGAUCAUCAAGACUCCCAUGGACCUGUCCACCAUUGAAAAAAAGCUCAAUGAUGGGGAGUACGUUGCUAAGGAGGAGUUUGUUGCCGACGUGAAGCUCAUGUUUGAAAACUGCGUAGAGUACAAUGGAGAAGACAGUGAGUAUACCAUCAUGGCGGAGUCUCUAGAGCGGUGUUUUAGCCGGUCCUUAUUAAAACACUUUCCAUCAGAGGACGGCGACACAGAUGAAGAAUUCCACAUCAACAGCGAAGACAAGGAGCGCAAGGACAAAAAGCGCAGUCGUGGCAGUAAACAUUCAGGACCUGAAAGUCUGAUCAAGGCCACUGAGCAAGUCCAGCGCAAGCGAAACUCCCAGGGGGGCAAGGGCAACACACCCUCAGAGGAAGAGGACGGCAAACCAACAAGACCACCUCCUCCCCCUCACUGGUCCAAUGGCCCCCCUCAUCCCCACAGCCUUCCUCCAAGCCAGCAGCACAUCCAUGAAGGAGACAUCAGGAGCAUGUACCACCCAGGGCAACAGCUCCGUCGUCCCCCUGGUCCACAUGGUCCUCAUGGUCCACCUAUGUAUGCCCAGAGAAUGGUCUUGGAUCCCCGCUUCACUUACCCAGUUCACAUCCCCAGGCACAACUUUAACAUGCAGCAUCGCAUGGUUGAAGGACAUCACAUGGGCCCUAGGUAUCCAAUGGGCCCAGAUCCUAACCAGCAGCAGCCUCCACACCAGCAUCAACACCCCUACAUGGGUCCAACUCAUGGCCCGUCACUGGGCCCACGUCCCAUGGCCCUCCAGCCUGGACCCCCUUCUGAAGCCAGCAUGUACCCAUCCCACCACCGUCCAGAGGGCCACAACAUGCACCCCAUGGGCAACAGAUUCUCCGGGCCAGAAGGACCACCUCAGCACAACUACCCAGGCUUGAGACCUCCAGGAAUGGGACUAUCCAACAUGUGGACUGGUAUGAAUCAGGAGAGACCAAAUGGGAUGCGCAUGCAAGAUCGCAACAUGGUGAACCAGCGCAACUUUAGUUAUGGUGGAGUCCCUCCUCCAGUGGGGCAUAAACCAUGGCCAGAAGCUGCUGGAUACCCCCACCCUCCUCCGAAUAGCCAGUAUCAAGUGUCUGCAGCAGCCAGCUCCCCGGGGCCCAUGUCGCCACGUCCCCCUGUUCCCCACCCAGACUCCUCUGGCAGGACACGCUUGGCUUCUAUGCUGGAAAGCCCAGAGAUGCUGGCCCUGCAGCAGCUGUCAGCCUCUUCUGGACCCCCUGCUGGUGCCCCUCAUCAGCACACGGGCAACUUUCAGCAGCCUGGGCCCCCAUCAGGAAUUGGCAGCAUCCCAGCUCACCCCUCUCAUCAGCCUCCCCCUGCCCCUGAGGUUCAGCUGCUGCAUCCUGCUGGAGACAAUGGGCCAGACAGUCAGCCAUCCCAACAGACAGACAUGCAGCCCAAAGAUUCGACAUCAGAGAACAAAAUGGCUGCCAACAGAAUUUCUGAUGCGGCUUCAACAAAUAAAAACACUGUUUCAAUUCACCAAGAGCAACCUUCCAUUCCUAGCCACACUGGACAUGGCACUGGGCCAGCAGAGGGAAUGCGGAGUCCCCCAGCCCCUAACUUGGGCAGAUCACAGGAGAAUCCUUCUGGACUGGGCCUCCUCCAAGGCUCAACAGAGAGCCACAAGCAAGAGGUAGAUGGCCAGAGAUCUACCAGCCACUGUCCCCCUCAACAUGUUAGUGCCACGACUGUUUCAUCCCAUUUUAGCACAAGUAAUGUAAUCUCCACUGAUCCCACUCCACCCAACUGCACUCAGCAUUCACAGAACAGUCCACAGCAAAAACCUCUGAGCCCUGCACUUCUUGACCAGAAUGUACCACCACUGCAUGUUGCAGCAUCUCAGAAUUCCACUCAGCAGAUGUCCGAGAACAGCUUACCACACAUGCCAAAUGCAAAACAAAGUGAACACCUGCAGAACAUCCAAAAACAGCAGCAACCUCAGACAACACAGAGUACCCCUCCUCAGUGCCACCCUCAGAGCUCUCCCCAGGAGGUGACCCAGAACACACAGCAACACAAUUCUCUGCUACCUCCUCAUCAUGUCCCCCAAAACAUUUCUCCACGUCCUGCUCAGAACAGCCCGAUGCAUGGGAUGCCACAGAGUGCCGCACAAGGAGCCCAGCCUGGACCCCCUCAGCCUGCCCCGCUCACCUCCUUGCCACCCAGUCAUCCUACCCCACUGUUACCCUCCCACCCUAGCCCAGCAGACCAUGGAGAUCAAAGACCGAGUGAGCCUACAAGUAGACCAAACACAGAGGGCACUGUCGCUCCUCCACAGCACACCACAAUGAAAUCUGGGCCUCAAAAUGGUAUUUAUAAACACCAUCAAACCCUGCUGGUGGGUAGUAACCCAGGUAUGCAGGCUCAGAGAGGGCCAGCACCUGCUCACAAUCCAGCCAUGCAUCCACAGUCCCAAAGCCAGGCAAAUGGAGCCAUGGGUCCAUACAGUGUGGGGAACCAUCCACACUACAACCAGACAAACAUGACCGGGCCCAUGCCACCGUCUGCUCACCACACUUAUCACAACCAGGCCAUUAACCCCCUACACAGUCCUGCUCGCCACCCCACCUACCACCAGCAGGGAGGUACUGCGUACUCCUACCACAUGCCAGGCCAGCAGCACCCACAGGCCCACCCCAACAUAUACCCACCCCAUCAGUACCAGCAGCAACACUACUACCCCCAACUCUAUCCCCAAGCUCAGGCCCAUAACCAGGCCAACAGCAGAGGGAGUUAUCCUACAGAAGACUGGCAUCGGUCUCAUUAUCAACCUCGCCAACCUAUGCCACCCAGUGCCUAUCUGCCUGUAGCUAGUGCCAGAGGCAAUGGUCAUUUGAAGGAGAGCAGUCUGUCACCACUGGGCUCUGAGGGUUCCAGUGGUGCUAGUUUAGUGUCCCCUGGUCCUGUGCCUGAUGUAGGGCUUCACGCUGGAGGCCACGAGGAGGGCAAGUCUGAAAGCAGGGAGCAGGCCAGUGGAGACAGCAGCAGCGGUGGCAGCCCAGCAAAGCAGGUUCGUACGGAGAACUCAGAACGACCCGAAAGCCCUAAAGAAAUCCUGGACCUCGACAGCCAUAAUGCUGCUACCCGCCGCCGUAGCACCCAGCCACCUCACCAACAGCGCACUCCUGCCUCAGCUGCACAUGUGACGCCUGGCUUCAUGUACGAACCUCGGGCUGUGCACCCUGGGAUGCAGCAAGGCGGUGUCCCCCCCUCCUAUAUAAUGUCUCAGGCCCAUGGAGGUGGCAACAGAGCCCCUUACCCUGGCCCACCAUUCCCUGAUCCAGGAUGCUUUGCUGCCCAAAGACCUCACCCACACCUGAUGGAGGCUCUGCAGAGGCCCCAGCAGCUGCCCUACUCCCCGGGUCAGACACGUAUGGCCAUGUACAGACACCCUCGUCCUGUGGGGCACUUCCAGGGCAUGAUGAUCCAGCAGAGAGGCUUGGCACCAGAACACUUCUUACAUCCAGGGCAACAGAUGAUGGCUGCUCCAGGCGGCCCUAGCAGUAAACAAGGAGUGUGACAAAUACCAUAUCAGAGCAUGUUAUUAUCAAAGAACAUCGGGACAAAGCAGUGAGCCAAAAGAAAGGAUGUGGGCAUGCUGACUGGGCUGACGGACACUACAGAAGGGACACUUGCUCCACACAAUUCUCUUACUGAUUCUCUUACACUGGACAAAAACAUUUGGCUCUGUUUUACUCACCACUGGACUUGAAGACUCAACCAGGCAGCUGGUAUUACUAAGAUAAUAAUACUGUGAAAUGUCAUUGAGCCCUGGAAAGCAAUUCUCUUUCUGCUUGCCCUUGACCCCCAUGGAGCUCAGGGUCAGUUACGGAACAGCUCUGUGGAACUGGUAGGGAUUCACUGACUUGCUCAAGGACACUUCACCAGACUGGUUGCUUCCCAACAUGAGUAUUUGAACUAGGAUCCUCCAGCUGAAGGGCAGCCUGUUUAACCACUAGGCCAACCUGGCAAACACAGGUGACACUGCCUUCAAGAACACUGGACAGCCCUCUCCUCUCUGAGCCAUUGAGAUAUGAAUGGAUGGAAGGCCACUGAACUCAGCCUGCCCCUUUUGUCCAUUCACUUUAGUGCUUGAUGGAGCGGUUAAUCUACUGACAGAACUGAGGAGGACUGUAACAAAGACGAGAGGGACUGUUGAUUUCACUGCUAAUUUCUGUUCCAACCAUAUUUUUAAACUCAGGUGUAGAAAAGGAGUUACUAUGAGACUGUCACCCUUUACCCAGUCCACUCACAGGCUCCUUGCAGUUGCCUUGGUUUCCUUUGUGAAUGUAUGAGUGAAUGUGUAGAUGAUAAUGUAUGUGCAGCAGAUUAGCUGUAUGUGAAAAAACACGAAUACAGAUCAUUUGUCUGAUGCAUGAACCGUCCUGAAAAGGCCCAAUUACUGUCCAUUUCCACCCCAACUCUAACCGUGUUUCUCUAAUUCUGGAGUAAACACACACUAUAUGCAUCUUUCAGAGCGGCCUUCAUUGUUGAAUGUCUUUGACUAGCAGAGAGGGACUGGCAAAGAUGGCGCAAUUUGUAUCCGACUGUAUGAACUCUCUGUUAUGCACUAUGGAUUUUGUUGGUCCAGACAUCCUAGAAUUGAGUGGCCUUGGAUAGUCUUAUUUUUAGUCAAACAUAUAUGUAUAAAAAUAUAUCCUUACUUCUUGUCCCAGAUUCUAAAAUUGCCGGACAGUGACUUGUCCUUCUAGCUGGUACAGUAUAUGCACAUACACAGAACAAACACAUACACAUGAAAUCCUGUUGUUGAUUUUUUUUUUUUGUUGACAUAUGUUGCAUUCCACCAGAAGUUUGUAGCAUUAGUUCUUUGCUAUGCCCAUGGUUGCUUCCUUGAGUACUCUGAAGUGCUCUUCCCCAUGUCAAUACUAAACGUAUCCUCAGGGUAUACAGUUUUUAUAUACGGGUAUUUUUCUACAUUAUUUGAAGGAGGAGCAGUAUAAGGAAGAUGGAACCACAAUUGUGGCAAAUCAAUCCACCUCAUGUGAAGAACUUAACCUUUAGGGGUCUGUAUUCAUUGUUCUUAACAGUAUUUGGCUGAACACACUGCCAACCCCCCCCCCCCCCCCCCAAAGUUGAUUAGAGGUGUGACAUGGAUCAGAUUUGAGUUACUCUACAUUCCUGUUGAUCUGAUGAUACUGCUUGUCAUCACAAUUAAGAUCACAAUCUACCUCACCUAGCCAGUCGGUGGCAAAUACAGAACCCCCCCUCCUCCUCUCCUGCUCUGCCAGACUCCUGUGGGUCAACUUUUUAUGACCAACUAAUGAAUUCAGCACCACUUUUAGUUUUUAGACUUGCAGAUCUGAUAAUGAAAUGGCCUUACAGUACCUUGGCAUGUCAGGUUGCUGUGUCAAAUGAAGGUCCUGACAGACCAUCUCAUCAAGAUGCUGACAUGUGACUAUCCAGCUGUCAUUUGCAGAUGUGCAAAAGAAGCAAUCCUUGGAAGUGUACACUAUGGUAACAAUGGGACAGCGCUAUUAUUCUCAUUUUUUUUAUGUCAUAUUUGGAUUAUAAUGGACAAUACUCCGUCACUGGUCUGAAACGGGACUCUGCAAGUUGGUCUCUUAGUUGUACAGAUUGCAUGCCUUCCUGCCCACAGGUUGUUGAAAGUAGUACAGUAGGCAGUCUUACAGUCUAUGGUCUGUAAUAAUAGACCGCAUAGAGUUUGGCGGCAUUAUGGGGGAGUUCUUUAGUAAUAGGUACCUAAGGCGUUGUGAGGAAAUAUUUGAGGAAGGAUGAUGGAGUAGGAAAGUGCUAGAAGUUGUGAGACUAUUUUCUACAUGUGUCACACAAGAGUUGCCAUGGAUGACUUAUUAUUUUGGUAAAAUAGGGAAUUGUCUCAAUAUUUAGUGAGCCUGAUAGGGCGGUAUUGGAGGUAGUGUGGUCUGUGAGGUUGUAAUUCUGUUUUAUUGUGUGUGUGUGUGUGUGUGUGUGUGUGUGUGUGUGUGUGUGUGUGUGUGUGUGUGUGUGUGUGUGUGUGUGUGUGUGUGUGUGUGUGUGUGUGUGUGUGUGUAUGUGUGUGUGUGUUUCUGGUGUGUAGAAUGGGCUCCAGAUGAUUGGAAGUGUGCAUUUAAGUCUCACUUUUUUCUCUGCUGUCAUCUGUCUGCACUAGUGAAAACCGUUUAGACAUGAUUAAAUGUGAAUCAUAUUUAUUUGCUCUCUUAAGAAUUUUUGUACAUUUUUGGACUUGUUUUAAUAUAAAUGUGGUGUAUGUUUCUUUUAUUCUUGAUGUUGUUUUUGUUUCUAAGCAGUUGUCUUUACCUCAGUAGCAUGGCGGCAUUGAAAAAAAGACAUGCAUGUUUCAUUUUUAAGUGACGUUUACAAGUUCUUAUCUGACUGACAUAGAUUAUUUUGGAAUUGGAAUGAUUUUCUACACUGUACGUUUCCUAGAAAUAAAUAACUUUUCUCGAACAAGA